GCCGGCGGAGCCGGGAACGCUCCGCACAGCCGGGGCACACGGCGGGCACCGGCUGCGGCUCCCCCGCCGCUCCCUGCGGAAUUCCGGCCUUUCCCGCCAGCGGCAGCUCCCGGCACAUCGCGCCGGGCACGGGCACCGCGGGGCAGCCGUCAAAUGACAACGCUUUGGGUCACGACACAGCUCCGCCGCUGAGGGGAAACCCGAGAGUUUGGGGGCUGGCUCGUAGGCGGGUUUUUCUUUCAAGUUAAGAAUUCUUUUUUGCUUAUGGCUUAAACCCGAGCGGCUCAGCUCGGCUGGCGAGGUAAGCCCGCGUGUUCUGCUUCCCCUGCAGGAGCCCGUGCGCCGCCGCUGCCGCUGGGCAUGGCAGCGUAGGAUCCCCGCAGGAUGGGGGCCCCGCGCGGGGAACGGCCCCGCUGGCUGGGGACCCUCCUGGCCGCCUGCCUGGCCACCCGCCUGGCCACCCUGCCGGCCAUCAGCGCCUGUCCCCGGCCCUGCGCCUGCCACGGCUCCGCCGAGCUCCACUGCACCUUCCGCUACUUCACCGCCGUGCCCCCGCGCAUCCCGCCGGACGUGCAGCGCAUCAACCUGGGCUACAACAGCCUGAGGAAACUCAGCCCCACGGACUUUGCUGGCCUGGAGAAACUGGAGUUACUGAUGCUGCACAGCAAUGAGAUCAGCACCAUCCCUGAGAAGGUGUUCAGGGACUUACAUUCAUUACAGGUCUUAAAAAUGAGUUACAACAAGGUCAGAGUGCUUCAGCAGGAUGUAUUUUAUGGCCUGAACAGCUUGGUACGGCUGCAUAUGGACCACAAUCAAAUUGAAUUUGUGAAUCCCAAUGUUUUCUAUGGACUCACUUCCUUGAGGCUGGUCCACCUGGAUGGAAAUUUACUUCAGCAGCUGCAUCCAGACACUUUUGUCACCUUGCGCUAUAGCCAAAUAUUCAGAAUAUCCUUCCUGAAGCACAUCUCUCUGUCUGACAAUGUGCUGACUUCACUUCCACAAGAGAUGUUUUCCUACAUGUCAGAGCUCGAGAGCCUUUACCUCCACGGAAACCCCUGGUCCUGCGACUGCAGCCUGCAGGGGUUUGCAGGGUGGGCACAGGAGAGGCCAGAUGUUAUAAAGUGCAGAAAAGAGAGAAGUUCUGGUGUCCAGCAAUGCCCGGUCUGUGCUAGUCCCAAAAACCAUAAUGGGAAAAGUUUAGUGGAUCUUCCUUCUGCAUCUUUCACCUGCACGAAGCCAGUCAUCCAAGACUCCCUGAAAUCCAGAAACCUCUCAGUGCCAGACGAUGGGGAUUUCAGUUUUGUGUCUCCCAAGGACUUGAUGGCUCCGAUAGGAUCUGUGGUUUUGAAUAUGACUGACCAGGCAGGAAAUCGAGGCAACUUGGUUUGCAAUGUCCAGAGACCUAAAGAAAUGUCUCCCAUCUCUUUUGACCAAGAUGGCCCCAGCAGAGUGCUCAAAGCCUCGCUCUCAGCAUUCCUGGUGUGUGGUAUCGAUCAUGGGCACAUCCAGCAGCUGUGGAGCAUCCUGGCACUGUACAGCAGCUCUCCUUUGAAGCUGGAGCAAACGGUGCGGGCAGCUGACGAGCCUUUUGUCAGCUACAGCUACAGGCAGGCGUACAGUGAGAACGACGAGCUCUUCACCAGGAUCGAGGCUGAGCUGCGAGCUGAGCCGGCGUGGCUGAUGCAGAGCCAGGUGUCCCUGCAGCUGGACAGGACAGCCACCACGCUCAGCACGCUGCACCUCCGCUACACCACCCAGGCCCGGGUGGCUCUGCCCAGCCACGACAGGGACCAGGGGAGGCACGGCUGGGCCAUCAUUGCCAGGGACAACAGCACCCAAAGGGAGCACACCGUGCUGGUGGGGGGCACCGUGGAGCUGGGGUGCCAGGCAGCCGGGCAGCCAGCUCCUGCCGUGGAGUGGGUGUUGGCCGACGGCAGCAAGGUGCGAGCCCCCCACAUCAGCGAGGAUGGGAGGAUCCUGGUCCUCAGGAGCGGGGUGCUGACGCUGCGGACAGCUGACGUGUUCGACUCGGGGCUCUAUCACUGCACCAGCACCAACCACCAGGACGCUGACGUGCUCACAUUCCGAAUCACAGUGGUGGAUCCCCACGUGGAGCACAACGGUGUCAAUGGAGCCCAGCUGCCGGCUGCUCUCGGCAGCACGCUGCACCUCCCCUGCACAGCCACGGCUGCCCCAGACCCUGCCGUUACCUGGGUGCUACCUGAGCACACAAUUCUCCGUCAGUCUGCUGGAAACAAACACAUUUUUGCCAAUGGCACCUUGAGAAUACAAGGGGUGACGCAGAGAGACGUGGGCUACUUCCGAUGCGUGGCGGCCAACCGGUACGGUGUUGAUCUUUUGGUUUUCCAAGUGCUGGUGGGACAGGAUGAAACUGCUCUGAAGGAAAAGCAUGGAGCUCUGGGAGACUGGGAAGAAGGCUCUGGCAAUGAGCUGCUGCGCUCUGCUGCAGCACAGAGACAUCCCUCAGGCACUGCAGCCACCCUGAGAGCUCUCGGGGAGCCUGCUGCACCAGCAGCCAGCAGCCAGGGCGCACAGAGCCAGAGGCAGAGGAGCAGCCACAGGAAAAUGCCUCACUGGCCCUACGCAGACAGAGCCGGCCGGCGCUUCAGGGGACACAGGAGACAGUUUGUUCCCUCAGGCAGGAGAGCUGAUCCACAGCGCUGGGCAGCCUUGCUGGAGAAAACAAAGAGGAACUCAACAGUGACAGACAAACGAGGAGAAGCUGCAACAGAACCACCCAUUCAAGUCCGUAAGCUCUCAGAGUUACCCGAGGGUGAGGAGGAGACAUCUGGUGAUCUCGUCUCUCCAGAAGAAGAAUUCAUGAUACCAGCCACAGAGAGGUCCCCAGUAUCUGCUCUGGGCAGAGCAACAGAGCUCAUGAUCACUGCAGGGCCCAAGGAGAGUGCAGAUCCCCCUCCUGCCUGGAACUCCUCCCUCCUGCCCACAGAGCCAUUGACUCCCCUACCCUCACCUCUUCCACACUCUGGGGCACCUGCCAGCAAAAGGCUGCAAACACUUCCAAAACCUACAGCCUCAUGGGAAAGAUCUGAUUUGAGUCAAAUAUCAGCAAACGGUGUAAAACAGCCAACUGUACCCAGUGGAACAGCCACACUUUUCCCUGCUGGGCAAAAAUCAAUAUAUUCUGGGGAAAGUAAUAACCAGCACCUAAAGUCUGUAUCCAUGACACCCACGACAGAAGCUACAGGCAUCAGCAAGGCUGUAACUCCCCAAAACACAGCAGACAAGUUAUAUAAUUUAGCUGAGUCUAUUGAUAAUGUCUCCACCAAAACAGAUCACCAGGUCCCUGUGACAACAGUCAGUGCACCAAGCUCUGAAUUUAGCCCCAUUUAUUUUCAUAGUACUCAGAAAGGAGGAGCCCCUAAUCCACCACUGGCCUCAACUUUUGCUACUCAUCAGCAAAUUCAGGUUAUCCAGGACGUUCCAACUCAUCCAGCCCAGCUCCAGCAGCACUAUGGAAGACGAAGGAAAAUUUCUGGUCGGAGACGAAUUGUUAGACCAGGACGUGUCCCAGGUAUGAAGGAGCCCCAAUACAAUUUUGGGAGGCCAGGGUCUGCCAGAGGAAGUGCAGCUGUGGCUACAGGUAUCCAACUGAACAUGAACUAUGCAUCAAAUGUACCAGCCUUAAAUAACUCCAGCAGUUCCAUCAAUCCAUUUAGCCCAGAAACAUCCCAGUCUUCCCCCUCCACCACGAAAAUGCCAUUGGAGCACCCCGUGGAUACCCCUCACAACACAGCAUUCCUCGGGGAAGAGGAAAAGAAACAUGGUGCAAGGCAAAAAGCUGCUGCCACAGUCGUGUCUGUCACUGCAGAGGACACUGCCACUGCUGCAGCCAGUGGAUUGGGUGUGACAGAUUUGAAGCCAACAGUUCCACUUGUUAUUACUCCUCAGAUGGACACCAGAGCCACCAAAAGUAAAAUACUCAGAGUGGGAGGAAGGAGAGGUCAGAGGAGGAAAAGGCCUCCUAAAACACCUGCCCCACAGCGUGUGGCUGCAGCCCAGAGCACUGCAGGCACCUCUGCAGUGAGCACUGCAGCCACCCCUGCAGCCCAGAGCACGGCAGCCACCCCUGCAGCCAGCAUGGCAGCCACCCCUGCAGCCCAGAGCAUGGCAGCCACCCAUGCAGCCCAGAGCACUGCAGCCACCCCUGCAGGCCGGAGCACGGCAGCCACCCCUGCAGUGAGCACUGCAGCCACCCCUGCAGCCACCCCUGCAGGCACCCCCAUGGUGACAGCUCCUACAUCACCAGUUGUGCCUCCAGGCCUUGCACCUGCAAACCCUCUCCCCGGGAGCAGCAGUGCACUGUCCAGGACCAAAGCAGCAGCACUGGGGGUCCCUGACACCCCCGAGGCACCCCAGCACAGGCCCAUGGCAGACACACAGACAGCAGCAGCCCCGGGCACCUGGAGGAGCACCCCAUCAGCAAGGCCCCUGGCUGGCAGUGUGACAGCUCAGAGCCCCCCCAUGGCACCCCAAACCACACCAGACUGGCAGAGGAACACCCAGCUGGCCACGUCACCAGCUGCCAGUCCUGCCCAGACGCCCAGCAUGGCUCUCCAAACCUCACCAUGGCUGGACGAGCCCCCUGGUGCCACGAGUGCCCCACCUGCUGCAGUCAGUGCCACGCCAGGGCCAGGACGUGCCCAGCACACCAGAGCCAGUGCAAGAGAAAAGCCCUCUCUGGAUUUGGGGGAGGGAGCUGUCCCGGAGGAGCAGGGAGCACAGCCCGCAGCCCCAGCCCGAGCCGUGCCCAGCGCUCCCACUGCUCCCAGCAGCCAGCACCCCUCCCCUCUGCCGGCCCCCACUGCCGCCCUGCCCGCAGACCCCCCGAGAGCCCCCUCGCCCCCCCGGGGCCAUGGACAGCUCCAGCUCCAGCCCAGGCCGCCUCCCGAGGGCACCGAGAGGGGGAACGCGCUGCAGGCACCGCCGAUCGCACCUCCGCGGGGAGGGGACAAGGACAGCUCGGUCAGUGCCUGGUCCGGAAGGCGACAGGAUCAAGACACCAGCACCCUGCCCAGUCCCAGCACCUUAGCCUCUGCAAGCAGAAAACAUUUUUCAAAGCCCAGAAUAGUCGGAGGGAAAGUGGCUGCUUUCACUCUGCAGGCGAAUUCGGAUGCUUUUAUUCCUUGUGAAGCUACUGGGAACCCCCCUCCAGCAAUACACUGGACCAAGAUACCACCAGGUGAGCUUGAUAAACCUCUCGAGAAUCUACCUUCCAUUAGGCGCGGCGCCGCGGGCCGCUGGUCGGUGCUGCCCAACGGGACGCUGGCCAUCGCCCGGGCGGGGCCGCAGGACGGCGGGCAGUACCUGUGCACGGCGGCCAACGCGCUCGGCUCGGCUCGGCUCCUGGUCACGCUGGCCGUGCGGGCGAACCCGCCGCGCAUCGCCGGCCGCGGCCGCCCGCUGACCGCGCACUCCGGGAGCUCCGCGGCGCUGCCGUGCCGGGCCGAGGGCAGCCCCCCGCCCCGCAUCUCCUGGCUCCUGGCCAACGGCACCGAGCUGGGGCCCGGCUCGGCGGGCGGCGGCAGGGCGCGGGUGGAGCCGGACGGCACGCUGCUCAUCCGGGCGGUCACCGUGUACGACAGGGGCACCUACACCUGCCUGGCCCGGAACGCCGCGGGCACCGACACGCUGCCCCUGAGGCUGCAGGUGGUCGCGGCCCCUCCCACCAUCGUGGAGGAGAAGAGACAGAGCGUGGCGGGGACGGCGGGGGAGAGCCUGAGCCUGCCCUGCACGGUGCGGGGGAAGCCCGAGCCCAGCGUGCACUGGGUGCUGCCCGCCGGCGCCGUGCUGAAGCCCCUGCAGGGGCUGCACGCCAGGCUGCUCCUGCUCGCCAACGGCACGCUGCACCUGGGCAGCAUCGCCCCCUCCGACAGCGGCACCUACGAGUGCAUCGCCACCAGCUCCACGGGCUCGGACAGGAGGGUGGUCAGCCUCGUGGUGCAGCGCAGGGAGACACCUCCGAAAAUUGCCAUCGCCUCCCAAGAACUGACGCGGCUGAACUUUGGGGAGAGGUUGCUUCUGAACUGUACAGCAAGUGGGGAUCCCAAGCCCAGGAUAAUCUGGAGGUUGCCCUCCAAGGCUCUUGUGGACCAGUGGCACAGGAUGGGAAGUCGGAUCCAUGUCUACCCCAAUGGAUCCUUGGCCAUUGAGGCAGUUACAGAAAAGGAUGCAGGUGAUUACCUGUGCGUCGCCAGAAACAGCAUCGGGGAUGAUCUGAUACUGAUGAAAGUCAGCAUCGCAAUGAAACCAGCCAAGAUUGACCACAAGCAGCAGUUCAAGAAGCUGGUGCCGUACGGGAAGGAUUUCAGAGUGGACUGCAAGGCCUCGGGGUCGCCCACGCCAGCGAUAUCCUGGGGCCUGCCGGACGGGACGGUGGUGAACAGCGCGAUGCAGGCGGACGACAGCGGGCACAGGGCUCGCAGGUACGUCCUCUUCCACAAUGGCACUCUGUACCUCAACAAAGCUGGAGUGGCAGAGGGAGGAGACUACACGUGCUACGCCCAAAACACUCUGGGGAGGGACGAGAUGAAGAUCCAUGUCACGGUCAUUGUGGCAGCCCCUCAAAUAAAGCACAAUCACAAGACACACAUUACAGUGACAGCUGGAGACGCAGCCUUGCUGGACUGUGAGGCUGCUGGGGAGCCCAGGGCACAGAUAUUCUGGUUGCUGCCCUCCAGUGAGAGGAUCUCCUCGUCCACAGACAGGCACUCCCUGCACACCAAUGGCUCGCUGUCCAUCAGCCAGGCCGGCCUGCUGGAUGCUGGGGAGUACCUGUGUGUGGCUCGGAACCCUGGAGGGGACGACAGCAAGCUGUAUAAGCUGGAUGUGGCUGCUAAACCCCCCAUCAUAAAUGGUCUGCACAGGAACAAAACAAUCAUGAAGGUGACGGCAGUGAGGCACUCCAAGAAACACAUCGACUGCCGGGCAGAAGGGACACCUCCUCCCCAGAUCAUGUGGAUCAUGCCUGAUAACAUUUUCCUAACAGCCCCAUAUUACGGGAGCAGGAUUGUGGUGCACAAAAACGGGACACUGGAGAUUCGGAACAUCAGGCCCUCAGACACGGGGGAUUUUAUCUGUGUGGCACGUAACGAUGGGGGAGAGACUGUGCUGGUGGUGCAGCUGGAAGUUACAGAAAUGCUGCGGAGACCAAUGUUCAAGAACCCUUUCAAUGAAAAAAUAAUAGCAAAACCUGGGAAGACGAUCACACUGAACUGCUCUGUGGAUGGAAACCCUCCCCCGGAUAUAAGCUGGAUGCUGCCCAAUGGCACAUGGUUUUCCAGCAGCAUCAGGACAGCCCAGUUUUCCACAGGAAGCAACGGGACCCUGACCCUCCACAGUCCCGAGAGCCAGCACGCCGGGCGCUACCGCUGUGCUGCCCGGAACCAGGUCGGCUACAUCGAAAAGCUGAUGGUCCUGGAGGUGGCCCAGAAGCCCAAGAUCCUGACCCGCCCUGCAGGGCUGGUGAGGGGGGUCAGCGGGGAGCCCCUGUCCCUUCACUGCCUGGCCGAGGGCAGCCCCAGGCCCAGGCUGGCGUGGACGCUGCCGGGGGGCCGCGUGCUGGAGCGGCCGCAGCUCAGCGGGAGGCUCCUGCUGCUGGACAAUGGCACCUUGGUCAUCGGGGCAGCCUCGGCCCACGACGCCGGCAACUACCUGUGCAGGGCCCACAACGAUGCUGGAGACUCCUCCCUCACCAUUCCUGUCGUGGUGGCAGCCUACGCCCCACGGAUCAUGGGCAGACCCCCCCCGGCCAUCCACACCCUGCCAGGGGCAGCAGUUCAGCUCCACUGCGUCGUGCUGGGCAUCCCCAAACCAGAAAUCACCUGGGAGUUACCUGACCACUCCGUACUCUCCACAGCUCACCAGGGCCGGGGCUCUGGGGGCGAGCUGCUCCACCCCACGGGGACUCUGCUCCUGCAGAACCCCCGACCCUCCAGCUCUGGCACGUACAGGUGCACAGCGAGGAACCCCCUGGGCACCGACACUGCAGCCACCUACGUCCACGUCAUCUGAGCCAGAAACACAGCAGGAGUGGUGGGGAACACGGGCUGCAGCCAGGCUGGGCUCAGCCCUGCAAUGGCUUCAAUCACGGGCAGCCACAAGCACCUGAGUGCCUGGGCACAUCACAGCAUUCAGUCUGCAGUCACUGGGCAAAAGGAGAGAGAAAAGGGAAAAUUAGUUCUAGCACUAUUUGCUAGCAUUGGUUAUCUCCAUGUUCAGGGGAUUUAAAGAAAAGCAAAAUGAAGGCACUUAAGUGUCUGAGCCACGGCAGGAACAAACCCCACAGUACCUGAGCCACAGGUGCCCACCUGUACCGCCCUGGCACAGUGGCCAGGGAGUGGGGAGGGCAGCGAGGGUGUCCUGCACAGCAAGAGCACAGGGAGCACCAGAGAACUCUCAGAACACCUGCUCUUGUCCUGCCCUGCAGUCUCCCAGCAGGGGGUUCAGCCUGCAGAAGUGAAAGCUUCAGGGAGGCCCCACUGCAGCUGUGGCCCAGAGCACAACGGGAUUGCACCCCAAACUCGGCGCCCACCAUCCAUCUCUGGCCCCUCAGCUUUACAGAUCUGCCUCCUAAAUCCCCAGCUGUUUUUCUCAUUUGACCCAGUGAAAAUGCACGUGCUUCUAAUGCUUUUAAUUAAGUGAUUCUUUGGAAGUCUGAUGUGCUGAAUAAAACUGGAGUAAUCCUGUACCCUAAUAACUCUGUGGGCGCUACAGAAACCGCCCGAGCUUUGCUCAGCAAAACCUGGUGCUUACUGAAGGCAGUUUCAGUGUUUUACAAGACUUCAGCAUCUUUUCCCUUUCUGAAACCAAAUCCUUCACUUUAAACAUCUUGUGUAAUCUCCUGGCUACCAGGCUGUAGGAGCUGCUGAGGUUAGUCAAAGGCACUAACCGGCACAUGGAGGUUUUUGGGGGCAUAAACCCAACCCAGAGCACCUUCUGCUGUGCAGGUGCUGGCAGGAGUCUGCACCAGGCAGGUGCCCAUUGCAGAAACACUCUCCCAUCAGUUUGUUCAACAUAUAAGAACUAUUUUAAAAACCCUCAAAAACUGAUUAAAAUGAUAUAAGAUUAAUGCUUUUUAAUUAAAAAGCUGCAAUUUCAGCAUGACUGUAUUUUCUCUACUUUUCUAUAGCAAACUUUUCCUAGUUAACCUCACCUACCUUAAAUACGUUUGGAAAAACUGUGGAAAUAAAGGAAACAAGCAUAAUGAGAUUUUAAAA